CGAUGGGCAAUAGCCCACGAGCACAGGUCACAGGUGCGCUGGCACUGGGCCGCAGGGGCGGAACACCUUGCAGCUGUCUCUGCUGCGCUCCCACCCGCGGCUGCACUCGGCCACUGAAUGACUGCGAUAAACAGAUUAGACAGGCAUAGAUAGCCGAUAGGCCAUGCCGAGUGGAGUCACUGCGUGGAUAGUAUAUACUGGCUGUAUCUUGUUCUCUCAUCCUUCCUACAACCUCGCACCACCCUCUCCUCAGCCAGCCAGCCAGCGCCCUGCCGUCAGAGCGUGCCCACCUCCCCCGCCACCGCACUUGUGCUUCCUACUUGUUCCACCCCCCGCCUCGCCCCGCCAUGGGCCCCGUCGCCACCACCAUUCCAGCCGCUACGGCCAUAAGCAACGAGCCCCUCCCGGUGCCAGUGGCCAAGGCCCCGCUCGCCUCGCACCCGCUCGACCCGCCCUCCGCGGCAGAGCUCGCGGCAGCGACCGCGGCUGUGCGCGCCUAUCUGGCCAGCAGCGAGCACCAGCAUGAAAGCGUCCCUGCCGCCACACUCAAAUUCUGCUCGGUCAUGCUCAAGGAACCCCCCAAGGCCAACGUCAUUGAGGCCCUCCGUUGGCCCGGCGGCGCAGCCACUCAGUCUGACGGCUCCGGCGUCCCCCGCCAGCUCGAGGUGCACGCCAUCGACACGCAGCCCGGUGCCCCAGGCGGCGGCCAGGCCUGGGAGCUCGUCGUUGCGCUCCCCACCGCAAAGGUCGUCUCGGCGCACAAGCUGCCCGCUGGCGUGCAGCCGGGUCUGACACCUGAGGAGCUGUGCAGCGCAGAGCAGCACGUGCGCAGGCACCCCGCUGUCAUUGCAGCUGCCGCCGCCGUCGGCGUCGCGCCCGAGCAGAUCUACGCAGACGGCUGGUCCAUUGGCUGGGACGAGCGCUGGCCCGGCCGCCGCCUGCAGCAGGCCCUCCUGUUUGCGCGCUUCGACGGCCCGCACGAGAACUUGUACGCGCACCCGAUGGACUUUUUCCCCGUGCUUGACGUCAACACCGGUGAAGUGCUCGCGAUCGAUUACACGCCCCACCGCAUCCUCGGCCCCCACAAGGACCAGACAACCGCACAGAACGGCUCCACCGCUCCGCCCGCCACGGGGAGCUUCGACGCACCGGACCCCGCGACGCGCCCACGCUUCCCACCGCCCCGCGCCCAGCACGAGUACCUCCCCGAAACGGUCACAGCGGUCAAUCCUGCGCCCGCUCCUGCAGGCACCGAGCAAAAGCAAGAACAGGCAUUGCACGGGCCCGAGCGCCUGCGCUUCCGCGCGGACCUCAAGCCGCUGCACGUUGUGCAGCCCGACGGGGUAUCAUUCGUCCGGCGCGGCAACCUGCUCACGUGGCAAAAGUGGAAGCUCCACGUCGGCUUCCAUCCACGCGAGGGCCUCGUGCUCAGCACCAUCUCGUACCGCGACACGGACGACGGCGAUGCAGAGCGCCCGUUGUUCUACCGAAUCAGCAUCAGCGAGAUGGUCGUCCCGUACGGCCAACCAGACUUUCCGCACUACAAAAAGUUCGCGUUCGAUGUGGGCGAGUACGGCCUCGGCUAUCUCGCCAACUCGCUCGACCUCGGCUGUGACUGCCUCGGCUCAAUCGAAUAUAUGGAUGGUGUAGUCGCACAGCAUGACGGCACGCCACUGACGAUCAAGAACGCAAUCUGCAUCCACGAAGAGGACGCCGGUCUGGGCUGGAAGCACACCGACUUCCGCGUUGGCGGUAAGACGGCCGUUGUGCGCAACCGCAAACUGAUCAUCUCAAGCGUCUACACGGUGGCUAACUACGAGUACCGCGUUGCAUUCUUGCUCGGCCUCGACGGGACGCUCGAGUGCGAGAUUGGCCUGACGGGUAUCCUCAACGUGACGCUGCUUGCGCCUGGCGAGAAGCCGACGUACGCGACCGAGGUCGCGCCGCAGAUUGCUGCGCACAUCCACCAGCACCUAUUCAGCGUGCGCAUCGACCCGCACAUUGACGGCCCGCGCAACAGCGUGGUUGAGCAGACAAUCGAACCGUCGCCGCACGCGACGGGCAGUGCGCAGAACUGGGCCGGCAAUGCAUUCGACGCGCACCGCCGCACGCUCCGCACCGCCGGCGAGGCCGUGCGUGACGCGCACACCGACAGCGAGCGCAGCUGGAUCUUUGUCAAUGAGAACAGGACGCAUUAUGCCAGCGGCAAGCCUGUCGGCUACAAGCUCAUGACGACCAACCAGCCGCGGUUGUACGCCAAGCCUGACUCGAUCGUCGCCAAACGCGCGCCCUUUGCUACGCACCACUUUUGGACAGUCCCGUACGCCGACGACCGCAAGUACCCGGCCGGCAAGCACUGCGUGCAGACGCUCGCGACACCGUCCGACUCGAUCCUCGGUUGGGUCGGUGAUGGAAGCGCUUCGAUCGAGAACACGGACAUUGUUUCGUUCGCCACCGUUGGCAUCACGCAUGUCGUCCGCCCCGAAGACGGGCCGGUCAUGCCAGCCGAGCACGUGCGCCUUGCGCUCAAGCCAACCAGCUUUUUCCGCCGCAAUCCCAUGCUCGACGUGCCCGCCAUCAAGGACAAGAAGAGCGUGCACGCCGCCGCCUCCGCUGCGAAAUGCUGCUUGUAGAUGGCGACGCACGCCGCGCGCGUCUUUUUGUACUAGCGCCCGCGCGCCUGAGAGGCUCGCAUCUCUCCUAGCUUCGCUUCGCGCCACGCUUGCCACUAUUUCCUUCUCGCGGAUGAGGGGACGGAUGGAUGAUUGUACUGUACCAUGAUUUCUCCGCUUGCGUGACAGUGUGGUCGCAAUGAUGGGUGGCUGGCACAGGCUGGGUCGUCCGAGAGAGUGCAACGUCUCUCUUGCUAUUGUUGAUGGCAAGCGUGAGAGCCGUAGCAGCGACGAGGCAUAGAAUGUGCCUGAACACCCGGUAACCCUCAUUGUCACCAAUCACGCGUCCAAACUGUCGGCGCCAGCUAGAUCUAAUGAGAAUCUACCGGAAACUAUGCUGUCUUCCCCGGAAAAUGGACACCAAACACCCUCAACGCGCCGCACAACCAACGAU